GAUAUUUGUUUUUUGUCAUGUGAUAACAAUGAAGUUGAUACUUGCCGUUUCCAUUUCUAUUUUACUUUUCUUAGUCUUGUUUAUAAUUUAUGUAACAAAUGUUAACUUGGCAAGCCAUGAGAGAAAAUUUAAUGCAUUUAUUCUAAAAUAUAAAAAGGAUUAUCUAUACAAUUCUCCAGAAUACAACAAAAGACUUUCAAUCUUUAAGAAUAACUUAAAAGAACAAGAGAGACUAAAUAGUGAGAACGGUGAAGAUGUGUAUGGUAUCACUAAAUUUUCCGAUCUAACUCAAGAUGAAUUUGUAAAAAAGUUAUUAACUAAAAUGAGUUAUUUCAAAAUGGACAAUACAGUAACUUCGGUUCCAAGUAAUGUAAAAUUGUUGAAAAAAGUUGAUUGGAGAAAGUACGUUGGCCGACCAAGAGAUCAAAAAGCAUGUGGAGGGUGUUGGGCAUUUGCUACAAUUAAAGGAGUUGAAGCUAUAAAUUCUAAGAAAGUUGGCAAAUUUACUCAACUUUCCAUUCAAGAGGUUAUAGAUUGUUCUCGAGGCUUUAAAGAAAGUUUAUGGGGAUGCGAAGGAGGCAAUAUAUGCUCAGCAAUGGAUUGGCUACAAAACAAACAUAUCAGUAUAACAACCGAGAGUAGCUAUCCGUUAAAGGAUGCGGAUGAGGAAUGCAAGCGAACUUCCUCAACGUCAGGUAUAAAGUUAACUAAGUAUAUUUGCGGUGCUGGAGAGGAUUUUUUGAAAACUAGUCUUCAAAAGGGCCCGGUUGCAGUUGCUGUGGAUGCAGCUUCAUGGAUACAUUAUGCUAACGGCAUAAUCAAAUUUCAUUGUGAUAAGCAACUAAAUCAUGCUGUAUUAGUUGUUGGAUAUGAUAUGGAAGGGGAAGUUCCGCACUAUUUAGUGCAAAAUUCAUGGGGAAAUGAUUGGGGGGAGGAUGGUUACUUAAAAAUUCGAAUGGAUAAAGGUCUCUGUGGCAUAGAUCAGCAAAUAGGUCUAGUUGAAGAUGUUAAAUGAAAAAUAUAGUCAGAGUUAUUGCUAGUUGUCUUAUACGGUUUAGAGACGGAUAAAACGUUCACUCUAGCUCAAAAAUUGUUUUUUUUUUCUUGAAGAAAACUCUUAGCACUGUUUUUACAAUAGAUUCCAAUAUAGUGGAAAUCUUCAAAGGUUUUAUAGUGCAUAUUUUCAAACGUUUGCAAAAAAUAUUGAAUAAAUCAAUUGAAUAUUUUUCAAUUUAAUUGUUUUUAUGAAGUUCUUAAUGAUGAAGGCAUUCCUAUAUAUGUUUUAAAUUUUAAAGUAAAU